UGCAAUUUGACAGGGCAGGUCCAGUCGAGCCAAGAUGGCGGACUUUGAGGAACAGCUUACCGACGAGGAGAAGGUCCGCAUUGCUGCAAAUUUUGUCAUCCACGCUCCUCCUGGAGAAUUCAACGAGGUCUUUAACGAUGUGCGGCUACUGCUUAAUAAUGACAAUCUGCUCAGGGAAGGGGCGGCUCAUGCUUUUGCCCAGUAUAACAUGGAUCAGUUCACACCUGCUAAACUUGAUGGACACGAGGAUCAGGUGUUGAUCACAGAACAUGGAGAUCUUGGCCACGGUCGGUUUUUCGACCCUCGAAAGAAGCUGUCGUUCAAGUUUGACCACCUAAGGAAAGAGGGGACUGAUACUCAAGCAUACGAGGGCGAGUCGGCCCUCAGACCCUGGAGGGAUGCCUGCGACGAAGCUCUGAGGGCGUACGUCAAAGACCACUAUCCCACUGGAGUUUGCACUGUUUACGGGAAGACUAUUGAUGGACAGCAAACCAUCAUCGCCUGUAUCGAGGGUCACCAGUUUCAACCCAAGAAUUUCUGGAAUGGCCGCUGCAGGUCAGAAUGGAAGUUCUCCAUUUCUCAGCCCACCGCUCAGGUGGUCGGCGUGCUGAAGAUUCAGGUUCAUUACUAUGAAGACGGUAACGUGCAGCUGGUCAGCCACAAGGACGUGCAGGAGUCUUUGAUCAUCAACAAUGAGAGACAGACUGCCAAGGAUUUUGUCAAAAUCAUUGAAAACGCUGAGAAUGACUACCAGACGGCCAUUAGCGAGAACUACCAGACGAUGUCCGACACCACCUUCAAGGCCUUACGCCGGCAGCUUCCCGUCACCCGUACCAAGAUCGACUGGAACAAGAUCCUUAGCUACAAGAUCGGCAAAGAAAUGCAAAACGCUUAGACACACGGCAUGCCUUCGCUACUGCUCGCGUCACAAGCAAAGAGACAAGCAACGGGGGCCCAUAUCUAAACCCGAGUUAAAGGCAGGGCCGAGAAGGAAAGUCCUUCGAGAAAUGUGUCUGUCAUAUUUUUUUGUUUUCCAAAAGCCACGGUUUGACCUCAGCUGAAGAGACUGUCUCCUUUUCUGUAUUGUAGGAGGGCUGCAAGCGUGUUUUAAUGGGUUUAGCAAAAGGUUUUUGCUGUUGAACAAAUACCUCCCGCGACACCAGUGUAUAGCGUCAUGUAUAGACCCCUUAUAUCAGGUAUGCCCACCCCCUACCCUAGAUCAGCGCUCUAAAACCUCCACACACUGAACAAUUUACUGCAGUCGCACUUAUCCCCUAUGAUCAAUUGAGUAGAUUCGUUUUUGUUUGUUUGUUCUGCAACUUGACACUUGAAAGUUUUGCCUUGUGCCGAGUUGCAAUUGUUUAACAAUUAUGUAGCCCAUGAAAGCUCUCAGUCUGGCUCGUCUGUCAUAAAAAAAUCAUCUCAACAUCUUGUUUUCCAGCGUAAUAAUUGGGUGCCAUUGUAUAUGAAUGUGCUGUCAAUUGAUCACAUGUAGGGUUGUGCCAAAGUGAGCGUUGUGUUUGUACAAGAUGUCAUUUCAGGUUACUGUUCCACAUGGAAAUGGUCCCGUCGUCAUACUCUGGUGUCUUAGAAUGGUAUAUAUACUGUAUGCAGUUACACAAAAUAUUUGUUACCCCUCACAUCAGCCUCCUACCCUAGCUUUUAUUGCUAACUAUUUUUUACAAAAUGUAAGAACAAAUAUGAUCCCAGAGGAAUAAAUGAUUUGCACCAAACUGA